CAUACCAAACUAAGCAAAUGCUUUGGACUUUUGCUUUGAUUAAUUUCGAGCUAAGUCAAAGCUACCGAAGCAAUUGCUAAACCUUAUUCAUACCACUAAAUGACUGCAUCGAAUAGGCUGUUCAAUAGAAGAAGAGGCAACCAAUGUGCCUCGUAUCAAUUCAAUCCAUUGUGUGAUAAGAGUUCGAUUCGGACAGAAUGGUUGAACGACGGAAACGUGGUGGUACCGGCAAAGUAGAACCUGUUGGCGAAGAUGAGAACAACCUUCACAAGCUGGAUUCCCAGAUGGGAAUGUUCGGGGUAGUGUUGAUGUUGUUCUGUGGAACCGUGUCCAGUUACAUGUUCACCUAUCUACCGGAUGCUUUAACCACUGCACAUCUGAAGAGCUAUCCUGGAGCGUUUAUUGCGGAACGGGCGUGGGAUAAUCUGCAGGUGCUCAACGAUUACGGUCCGAAACCGACAGGAUCCGAGGCCAACGAGAAGCUGGCCGCAGAUUAUUUGAAGCGCCAGAUUGAACUGAUCCAAGCAAGCAAGCACAGAAACCAGGAACUUCUUGCCGAACAUCAGGUCGUGAGCGGAGGCUAUCCUAUCUCAUUUAUGGGCAACCCCCUGACAAGCUUGUAUCGGAAUGUGCAAAAUUUGGUCGUUAAACUAGUCGGUGAAAAUGCUACUAGCCCUGCUUUGAUGUUGAAUUGUCAUUUCGAUACGGUAGCUAGCAGCCCCGGAGCUAGCGAUGAUGGCGCUAGCUGUUGUGUAAUGCUGGAAAUAAUGCGGGUACUAUCGAGAGAACCGAAACGUAAUCAACAUUCCGUUAUUUUUCUGUUCAACGGCGCGGAGGAAACACCACUCCAAGCAGCACAUGGGUUCAUUACACAACAUCCCUGGGCCAGCGAAGUAGGAGCCUUUCUUAAUCUGGAAUCGGCUGGCUCGGGUGGCAAGGAAGUGCUUUUCCAAAGUGGACCGCAGCACCCGUGGAUGAUAGACGUGUACGCUCGGGCCAUCAGACAUCCCUUUGCCCACGCGGCAGCAGAAGAAAUAUUCCAAUCUGGAUUGAUACCAUCUGAUACUGAUUUCAGGAUAUUUAGAGACUUUGGCAACAUCCCUGGAAUGGAUUUCGCCCAUAUGGUCGAGGGAUAUCGUUAUCAUACCAAGUUUGAUAAUAUUGACUACCUAUCGCUACCAGUGUUGCAGCGAACUGGUGAUAACAUUCUUGCGCUCACUCGAGAAAUGAUCAACAGCGAAGAACUGGCCAACAGUAAGAACGAAGAAAAUGCAAAAGGAUUCAAAGUUUUUUACGACUUCAUGGGGCUUCUGUUUGUUUGCUACUCCAGCGAUGUGGCUGUCACGAUAAACUCGCUGGUUUCCAUUUUGGCCAUCUUGCUACCGUAUUGUGGAUUAAGCCGGUCGGUGAGACGAGUCGGUGAGGCUGCCAUCGUAAAAGAAACCAUUUACGGUUUUGUGGCAACCGUUUUGGGAACCAUCGUCGGGCUACUAACCUGUUUAUUCAUCGGUCGGCAGCUGGACUCGAUGGGAAGAGCUAUGUCCUGGUUUUCAACACCGUACCUGGUCUUGGGCCUAUACUGCUGCCCUGCUUUACUGGCACAUGCUUUUGCACAGAUUGCCGUGAACAAGUUUUUUGCGGAUAAAAAGUCGGUCCUCAACCUGUCGCAAGUGGUACAAUCCCGGUUUAUCGGAGUGAACCUGUUCUGGGUUCUGCUGGUGGUUCCACUGACAUUUGCCGGCAUCCAUAGCGCCUACAUCUUUAUGAUUGUGCUGCUGUUUUCGCUAAUGUCUUCGCUCGUUUCGGUGCUUCUCGGAUAUCAGAACACGGUUCGCCGUUGGCUUGCCGUACACGUGGCUUUCCAGUUGGUUACCAUGCUUUGGGCAACCCAGUACUAUCACAUGUUCAUGAAGCUGUUCAUUCCGAUUUCCGGACGCAUUGGUGGGGCCAAGAAUCCUGAAUACUUGAUAGGCUCGAUAGCAGCCCUCUGCAUGCUGCUGGUCAGUAGCUAUAUCGUGCCGCUGAUUGCAUUGCUGAAGAAAGCUUCAGAACUAACUGCUCGGUUGACCGUAUUCAUUUUGAUAGCUAUACUGUUGGCAUGCUUCACGCAGGUUGGAUUUCCGUACCGAGAUGACAGUGCCAAUGCUCCAACAGUACAGCGACAUUAUGUGACGAAUGUCAUUAGAAUAUUCCACGACGAGAAUGGAAACUAUCGGUCCAGCGAUUCGGGUUUUCUUUUUAGAGAAAUGGAUCGAAACUCACAUCGCAUGAUACGUGGGGUUGCCAGUCCCCAAACAAUAGUUCCAAUGCGAUCGAUGAGUACGUGCGAAUCAGAAAUAUUCUGCGCGGUUCCAUUCUAUUCCAUGUGGCAUCAGAUAAGAUUUGAUAACUUUUGGCUCCCAGGACCUGGGCCAGAUCUCCUUACCAUGAAUAAUCUUUUAUACGAAGGUCGCGAGAAGCUAACUGCUAAUCGUACGAGAUUGUAUUUUACUUUUGAAGGAUCGAUACAAUCAUCGUUGAUCAUUGGUCCCAAACCUGGGGUUAAACUAGCGAGCUGGAGUCUCUUGGAUGAGGUGACCCCGCCCACGGAAUUCAACGGCCAAAAGGCACACUUCGUGCUGAUAACACACGGAUUGCCUAGUGCUGAGCCCUGGGAGAUAACGAUGGAUUUCGAACACGAUAAUCCCGAUUAUGAUGGACUCUUCGCUGAUGUUGCACUGGUUACAACUUUCUGGGAGACUGGCCCCAAUCAUACUACACAGUUCAACGAACUGAUCCAAAAGUUCCCACCAUGGGCCCAUGUCAUCCCCUCGGUGGCAGCUAUGACCGUUUUUGUGUUCUAAAUCAAAUAAUAUUGCAAUCUGUGGUGGGUUAAUUUUUUUUUAUUUA